GAUUGCUCAAACCAUCAAGCGCUGAUUUCAACUUGAUUUCUGAUUUGCAUUUUUUUAUUUUAGGUAAAAACAAAAUGAUACGUUUAAUUAAGUGAUGGAGUACGAACUGCUGAAGAAAACUUUAGUUAGACUAAGGCGUGAUGAACUUGAAAAGACGCUAAAGAAGUGGUCAAAAUUGAGUAAACACCAUCCUGCUUGGGGAUGUUUGGAAGGCCUCGACUUAUCAACUACAAAGAUCCAAUUAUUACCGCAGUUAUAUAAGAGACUGUCCAAAAUUCAGCCUCAUCAUGCAGGGGAGUUGGAUUUGUUGUACAUGCUGCAGCACUCCUCUAGUAAAACCUGGACAGUGUGGCUGUCAACUGAGCUGCAUGGCAGUGAAGGCUAUGCUGAAACACCACAAGCUUUUAGGAGACGUCUCAAAACAGCACUGGAAUCGUACUUCAUGCUGGAUAUUCAAGUUAUGGAACACCAGAAGGCUCUCUGGGUGAGAAUCUACAUCCAUGAAGACACCAAGUACCAAGCAAACAACACAGUGUAUGCAGUAUACUACCCACACUCACCUGUCCUCAUCUUAACUGCUAUCAAGGCUGCCAACAGGGAGUAUAUAAUUCAGGCCUUCAGUAACACUCUCAGUGCAGGCGAACUUGAGGAACAGAUGCUGAGUGGGCACUGCUUGUCAUCCUUGGCCCAGUUGUCUCUCAAUAAGUACAGCCAGGGUUAUUUUAGCCAUUACAGACUUGGGCAGGUGGACAUCAAUGCUUUGGCCAGAGGAGAGAAAAGAAAAAGAAAAAUUGAAGAAGAGGAAGAAGUUUUGGAUGACAGAAUAACCUAUGAGAACAUAAAGGACAAGCAAAGGAGUAAGAAAAUACUUCAGGAUACAUUUGGUUCCAAUGAACAGCCAUCUUUGGAGAGGUUGGAAUAUAAGAUGGAGACCAAUUUCCGUGGGGGUAACUGUGCACCCCAUUUUGCUAAGAGCAAGGAGCCGUUCCGCUGCCGGGUUAAAUUUGAGGGUCGCAAUGUAUUAGAGGGCAUAAAGAACCUAGGAAAAGCUGGGUAUGCCACACUGCCUCUUCCUGCCCAUCUAGCUAGAGUGCCCUCUUUAGCAAAGAACACCAUCAUACUUGGUAACAAGAAAAGCAAAAGACAGUAACAGCAUGGUCAGUAAGAAUGGCAUGAUGCAGCAGAGUGGGGUGCUGUACAUAGGUGGGAAUGUAUUCAAAGUUGAUGUAGUACAUAUCUAAAAGUUUCAAGGUCAUGAAAGUCAGCAGGGCAUGUUGUGAACAGAGAUUUCAUGUUUUAUAGACAGAGAAAGUGAUUUGUUGAUUUGUAAUCUCAAUAAAUACGAUAAGGUAAUUGAUUGGCAUCAUUACCAGUAUUGCAGUAGUUCAGGAGUUUCAGAAACAGUAUGGGGAAACCUCUUCAUUUCCAUAUUUUUACAUGUGCAAAAAUGGAGAUAUGAAGAAACUGGGACACUUUAAAACUGCACCUUGGGGUACACAACCACUAAGUCAAGUACCAACUUUGGAAAUACUCUUUUAAAGAUUUAAAGAUAAUUUAGACUCACUUAAGCAGAGUGAAUGAUUACAGGCACUUGGAACAAUGUUACUUUUAUUUGCAAGUUUAGUUUGGGAGUAAAUUAAAGAACAGAGGUAGAUUUAAGACCUGUGGGUUUUCAUUGUGUUUUAUGCAAGUAUCUACCAGCCUUUGCUGCUUGCUUCAGUGAUUUUAAAAAAUUGUUUCCCUCAUUUAAUAUAAAUAGAUGAAAACAGACAUUUAUAUCACAGAAAAUUUUCUUUUUAGAAUUUUUUUGAGAUGUCAAUUUUAAAAUGUUCAUGCAAACAGCAAAUUUCACAGACUGGUAUCUUUGUGAUGCUUCCAAGGCAAAAUGUACAAAGGUUGAUAAAUACCAAAUUAUACAUGCCAUAAUUAGUAAACUGUUUUACUAUACUGCCAGAUAAUUUGAUCAUGUUUGUAGUAUUAUUGUUUUGAACAUAAGUUGAAUAAAAUAAAGCUCAGUCUAGUGUUUUACAUUUA